AGGAGGUUUGUUUCCGGCCCCUGCUGGGCCCGGGCCGGGCUCUCGGUGCGCUCUCUACCGGACGCCUGUGCGAGUUGCUGGCGCUGCGGCCGCGAGGGGAGAGCGUUAAUCCGGAGCAAUGAACGGGACGGCGAACCCACUGCUGGACCGCGAGGAGCACUGUCUGCGCCUCGGAGAGAGCUUCGAGAAGCGGCCGCGGGCCUCCUUCCACACCAUUCGCUAUGACUUUAAGCCCGCAUCUAUAGAUACUUCCUGUGAAGGAGAGCUUCAGGUCGGCAAAGGAGAUGAAGUCACAAUUACACUGCCGCAUAUCCCAGGGUCCACGCCACCAAUGACUGUGUUCAAGGGGAACAAGCGGCCUUAUCAGAAAGACUGCGUGCUGAUUAUUAACCACGACACUGGUGAAUAUGUGCUGGAAAAACUUAGUAGUAGCAUUCAGGUCAAGAAAACAAGAGCCGAGGGAAGCAGUAAGAUCCAGGCCCGAAUGGAGCAGCAGCCUCCUCGCCCCCCACAGCCGUCACAGCCCCCUCCCCCUCCCCCUCCCAUGCCAUUCAGAGCGCCAACAAAGCCUCCAGUUGGACCCAAAACUUCUCCCUUGAAGGACAACCCCUCGCCUGAGCCUCAACUGGAUGACAUCAAAAGAGAGCUCAGGGCCGAGGUUGACAUGAUCGAGCAGAUGAGCAGCAGCAGCGGGAGCAGCUCCUCAGACUCCGAGAGCUCCUCGGGGAGCGAUGACGACAGCUCCAGCAGCGGGGGCGAGGACAACGGCCCGGCCUCCCCGCCGCAGCCGGCACACCAGCAGCCCUACAGCAGCAGGCCUGCCGUUGCCAACGGAACCAGCCGGCCCCAAGGAAGCAAUCAGCUCAUGAACACCCUCCGAAAUGACUUGCAGUUGAGUGAGUCGGGCAGCGACAGUGAUGAUUAGCACUCGGCCUCUUGAAACCUGCUUCCUGUGCAGAUGCUAGGAGACCAGGCUGCUUUGGCGUGGAGUCCAUUGCCACGAGGAAAGUGUUGUGGAGUGAUGCCUGUGAGGAGGCGUUUGCAGCUUUGGAACUCUUCGAUAUUCAAGUCUUUUAGUGGUGAUGGAUGGUUUUCUUAUGUAAUUUUUGAAUAAUCUAUUGCACAGUUUAAGAAUAUCUGUAGAAGAGAUAACAAGAGUUAUAUUUCUAUUUGGUUAACACUUUUAAUGAAAACACAAAUGUGCCCUGGGCUAGGUUACUCAAAGACCUUGUUUUCACCAGGUCAGCGAUUUGGUUUUAAUUCCAAUAGCCACCAGUCUGGCCAAAUGUUCUGUACCAGUGAGAUGAAAUGCUCUUGGAGGGCUAAAGAGGAAGACAGAGACCUCAAACUACGGCAUGGAGACAUGUCACAGCCACUUUAAAUUGGUCACAUAAAGUGGUCGGAAAGUUUGUCCAACUCAGCCUGACAGACCUGGGCAGAAGUGGAGUGUUUGGGUGUCUGCUGGGUUGGACCCUGAAGGCAUUCCAGCUCAGCCCUCAGUGACAGGGAAGGGAAGCAUGUGGCCGGCUUAUGAGCAGUCUUUUAUUCCCAGUUCAUAUUCCCACCCUGGAAUUUCUCUUAAUAGAAUGAGAAAUUUUUAUACUUGGCACUUAUGGUGUCCAUUAGUGUUUUUACUGGAUUCAAAAAGACAAACGCAGGGCUGGGGAGAUGGCUCAGUAGAAUAAGCGCUUGGCCUGAGUUCAGUCCCUGGUUCUACCAAAAGAAAAGAAAAAGACAAAAGCACUAGGUACUUCUGGCCAGAACUCAGUCCCUAAAUGCCUCGGGCCGAGUGAGCAAGCUGAGUAAGCCAGCAGCCACCGUGCUGAUGUAUGUGACCAAAACCCGAGGCGUUGGGUUCCAUGUGGAUCCAUGUUCUUCAUUUAGUGGGUUUUAGCAGGGUGGGAAUAGGGAGGAGAGGAGUGGGAGAGAAGCCUCUGAACGAAUGAGCCAGCAGUAAAUUUCCAAAGAGCACCAUCUAGGUAGGAGUUCUGCAGUAUGGAGUGAGCACAUUCUUCCUGCUUAGGAUUUUGUACCACUGUGCCUGACUCCUAGGUGAGUUUGUAUUUUUAUAUAAAACUAGAAGAAAGUCACAAGGUUACUUUCUACAGUGUGCAGUUUCCAAGUGGGAUCUGAUGCUGUUGGAACUGAUCACUAGUAAGAGUUCCGUAUGGAGGGGCUGUUGUGAACGGUCCUGUGGUUCGUAUGGAGCAGCCUCUUGCUGUAGCUUGAAGGAAUGUGUCCUGAGAAAUUCCUGCCUGCUUUGGUCUGUGGGCAUCAGGACAAUGAUGAUGUCCUUUCACUCGUCCCUCCCCUCAGAAGGCCUCACCUUAGCUGGGGGGAGGACAGUCUAGACCUGCAGAGGAAAUGGAUGGUCCAUGAGGGGGCUUGGGGAGAGUUGUGCAGCCACGUAAUGACCCUGUGAGCUCAACAGGGAGGAGGAGCUGCGGCCGCGCAUGCCUGCAACCUGCCCCAGCGUAGGUGGUGGCCGUGUGCUAGUGCUUGUGGUGGGGUCUUUGCCCUUCCUGAGGGCUCCAGGGAGUCCGUGGCAGAUGGAACUUGUUUCUAAUGAGCUGAUUGAUAAUUAGAAAUUUAUAUUUCCAUGUAAUGAUGGCUCAGGGAGGGUAAAGGUCAUGAUUGGAGAUAAGAAUUUUUGGUGGAUGUGGAAAUUAUUUCACUGCUCUUAGCUUGCUUAAUCUGAAGCAGGUUGCAGUCCCUUGAACUAAAAUACCUAUUUACCCACAAUCCCUGAGCUUCGAUUUAUGUGGGUGGAACUGUGGUUUUGGCCUAUUAAGGUGUUUGUUUCUAUAGGAAAUACUUGUGCGUGGCACUAGGCUCAGUGAAUCAGCUUUCUGAGCUUCAGACUCCCCUGUCAUCUGUCCUACCAGGUUAUUCUCUAGCACGACGUUGUUUUCUACAGAAAACCUUUGUGGGUCUGCAAAUAAGAGAUUUUUCUCUUUUUGGGAAUGAAGAAUGUGGCCUGACGGAUGACUUCACAGGUAUCUUCAUGCCAGCUAAACUGGACAUUUUCUUCCUGUGUAUGUGCCUUCACUGUCUCUCCCUGCUCUCUUUCAUUCUUUUUCUUUUUGACGGAACCGGGGAUUGAACUCAGGCCCUUGCGCUUGCCAGGAAAGCACUUAUUCUACUGAGCCAUCUCCCCAGCUCCCUGCUCCCUUUAUUCCACACCACACCGCAGGUCCAGGGUUCUAUGCUUUCUGUCUUCAUGGACUCUCCCUCCCUGUUUUGACCCAUGUGGAGUAGUGAGGACAGGCUGACUUUCUCGCAUGAGCUCUGCUUGGUGUGAGCUCCUUGAUAGGAACUGUCGUGAGGGACUAGACAUGCAUGUGCUUACAGCCUGUGGGAGAGGAGGCCGAGGAAACUGAACGGGGAGGUACAGGGGUCAGGCCUAGGAGAGAGCGUUCCAGACACUUGGACGAAGCCCAGUGUGUCCGUGCUGAAGGUUCUAAUUGCAGUUGCCUUUAUACAGUGUCUGCUGCACUGUGAGUCAUUUUGGUCAUGUGCAAAGACUUAAAUCUGACGGGUCUGAGCAGCCGCGGCUCGCCUCAGCACGGCAUGUUGGGGAUACCUAAAUAAAACAGAUUAAUGGUAACACACUCAUUUCUGUAGCAGAAUCUUUUUUUUUUUUUUUUCCUGUUUUUGGUAGGAAAACUUGAAAUCUUUGUUUCCCUGUUUCAGAGGGUGGUUCACCAAAAGAGAGAGCGAGAGAGAGAAUGUGUGUGUGCGUGGUGUAUUUAUUACAUUAUUUUGAAAGAGAA